CCAUCGUUCGGCGUACUCUUCGAACGCAAAAUAGAAAAAAGAAAAAAACCUAAUCCUCUCUUUUUCUCUCCCCAAUUUUCCCUCACUUUCUUCUUCUCCUGCAAUUUUGCCGGAAAAUUUCAAUUUUUCUCUCUCUUUCCCCCAUCUCCCCGACCUUUCUCCUUCCCCAAUCCGAGAAGGCCUUUGCGAUAUUGUUUCAUUUCUUGUACCGGAUCUGCAUGGUGAUUUCCGUUUUCGAGGCUUAAAUUACUGUAUUUUUUGGGCGAAAUUUGUGUCCGUUUUCUCGCCGAGAAAGCCAUAAUCUUCUGAGGGUUCGGCGUGGGGAUUUCGGAGCUCUGUGAGGGGGUGAGAGAGAGGGUUUCUUACGGUCUCAAUAGAUCCAUUUACUGCUUCUUUUGAGGGGGUAGCCGGGGCCUCGGCCUCGGCGGGUUCUAAAACCCCCACCUUCACAAACCACACAGACAUUUUCCAUACAAACAAACAGAUUUUUCUAAAACCCUAACUUUUUUUCCUUCUUGCUUUUUUCAAAGAAAAAAAUUAUUUCUUUUGGUUCUUUCAUUCUUUGGAUCGGUUGAGCGAAGAAGAGAUGCCGGCCCUGGCGUGUUGCGUGGACGCCGCUGCUGCAGCUCCUCCCGGCUACGCCUUCGCGGCUGCCGGGGAUAGCUCUCUUCCCGCGCCGGUCCCACCAUUCGCCGGCGUUCCUCCGGCGACGACGACCACCGUGGAGACCUCCCAUUGGUCGCCCUCCUUGUCGGCCGCCCUCUACAAGGUCGACGGAUGGGGCGCCCCUUACUUCAACGUCAACUCCUCCGGCAACGUCUCCGUUCGUCCGUACGGCUCCGCCACCAUGCCUCACCAGGAGAUCGAUCUCCUCAAGAUAGUGAAGAAGGUCUCUGAUCCGAAAUCCUCGGGCGGGUUGGGUUUGCAGUUGCCUCUCAUUGUUCGCCUUCCCGAUGUGCUCAAAAACAGGUUGGAGUCUCUCCAGUCGGCUUUCCAGUUCGCGAUCCAAUCGCAGGACUACGAGUCUCACUAUCAGGGUGUUUAUCCGGUGAAAUGCAACCAGGACCGGUUCGUUAUUGAGGACAUUGUGAGGUUCGGAUCCCCUUUCCGGUUCGGCCUCGAAGCCGGGUCAAAGCCCGAGCUUCUCCUGGCAAUGAGUUGUCUUUGCAAAGGUAACCCUGAGUCCCUUCUGGUCUGUAAUGGCUUCAAGGAUGCCGAGUACAUUUCACUCGCGCUUGUCGCGAGGAAGCUCGCUCUCAAUACUGUCAUAGUUCUGGAACAAGAGGAAGAGCUCGAUUUGGUGGUUGAAUUAAGCAGGAGGCUCUCGAUUCGUCCUGUGAUUGGUGUCCGCGCCAAGCUGAGGACGAAGCAUUCGGGGCAUUUCGGAUCGACUUCUGGGGAGAAAGGAAAGUUUGGGCUCACCACCACGCAGAUUCUCCGUGUGGUGAGAAAGCUCGAGCAGAUUGGUAUGCUUGACUGUCUCCAGUUGCUGCAUUUUCAUAUUGGGUCUCAGAUUCCUACCACUGCCCUGCUCGCUGACGGCGUCUCUGAGGCGGCGCAGAUUUACUGUGAGCUCGUCCGUCUCGGUGCGCAUAUGCGGAUUAUCGACAUUGGAGGUGGUCUGGGAAUCGAUUAUGAUGGAUCGAAAUCAAGCGAUUCAGAAAUCUCUGUUAGCUACGGGCUUGACGAGUACGCCUUGGCGGUUGUUCGUGCAGUUCGGUUUGUUUGCGACCGCAGGGGGGUGAAGCACCCGGUGAUUUGUAGCGAGAGUGGGAGAGCAAUUGUUUCCCAUCACUCGGUUUUGAUUUUCGAGGCUGUCUCUGCUAGUACUUAUGAGACUCCGGGCAUGUCCGCCCUUGGGUUGCAGUACUUUGUUGAAGGGCUUUCGGAGGAAGCUCGUGCCGAUUACAGAAACCUGUCUGCGGCGGCUAUUAAGGGUGAGUCUGAUACUUGUUUGUUUUAUGCGGAUCAGCUUAAACAACGUUGUAUUGACGAGUUCAAAGAUGGGUCUCUUGGUAUUGAACAACUUGCUGCUGUUGAUGGGUUUUGUGAAUUUGUCUGGAAAGUGAUUGGUGUUUCGGAUUCAACCCGUACUUAUCAUGUCAAUCUGUCUGUUUUCACUUCGAUUCCUGAUUUUUGGGGCAUCGGUCAGCUGUUUCCAAUCAUCCCAAUUCAUCGUCUUGAUCAGAGGCCUGCCGUGAGGGGAAUUCUGUCGGACUUAACCUGCGACAGCGAUGGGAAGAUCGACAAGUUCAUAGGCGGGGAAUCGAGCUUGCCGUUGCACGAGUUGGAGGGCAAGUACUACUUGGGGAUGUUCUUGGGCGGGGCGUAUGAGGAGGCACUCGGGGGAUUUCACAACCUGUUUGGCGGCCCUAGCGUUGUUCGGGUUUCCCAGAGCGAUGGCCCGCACAGCUUCGCGGUAACGCUUGCGGUGCCUGGGUCAUCGUGCGGGGAUGUCCUCCGGGUGAUGCAGCACGAGCCCGAGCUCAUGUUUGAGGCGCUCAAGCACCGCGCGGAGGAGUGUGGUUCGGAGGAUGAUGGCAUGGCUAACGCUGCUCUUGCCAGUGGCCUCGCACACUGCUUCCACAGCAUGCCUUACCUUGUGGGUUCUUCUUGCUGCUUGACUGCAAUGAAUAACGGCGGUUUUUACUACUGCAAUGAUGAGGAUGAGUACAAUGCUGCUGCUGAUUCCGCUUCCGGUGAGGAUGAGCAGUGGUCUUACUGUUGUGCUUGAGCUUAUCUCUCUUUAUUAUUAUCCCCAUGAAACGGUUGGUUUGGUCGGUCGUCGCCUUAGGAACGGCUGUUUUACAAUUUAAUGUUAUCUUUUUUUUUGUUGUCAUUUUUUUUCAUAUGAAAGGCAAAGGAUGUAAGAAAACAUGGUAGCGAGUCCUUUGCGUUGUGUAGAAAAGAGGGGAUAGAACCGAAUCCAACCUUUUGUAAAUUCGGGAUCUUGUUCCCCUCUUUCUAUCUCUCUCUUACUAGAAUUUUCAGAUUUAGUCUUGAUCAUAUUUUGAAUCGCUUUUGGAAUUUCUCUUGA